UCGUCUGUCUGUCCACAGCAGGAUGUGUGUGUCAAGGUGUCUGCAGUGUGUUGGCAUUUCUCUGGUUCCCAUGGCGACCAUCUGCCUGCUGGCCAACAUCCUGCUGCUGCUUCCAGAACUGAAGGUCCACUUCCUUUUGGAGGGUCAUGUGACCAGAGAGGCAAAGUGGGCCACAGGUCUGUGGGGGUCCGGCUUCCUGCUUCUGUUUGGAGCUCGAGCGUUUGUGCAAAGCAGUAAAACCAGCGGCUGCUGUGCCUUCAGGGGUCAGAUGUUGCGUCAGGUGCUACAGAUGUCUCUCUGUGUAUCCAGAUGUUGCGUCAGGUGCUACAGAUGUUUCUCUGUGUAUCCAGAUGUUGCGUCAGGUGCUACAGAUGUCUCUCUGUGUAUCCAGAUGUUGCGUCAGGUGCUGUACUCCUGUGUGUGUUUUCUGGCUGCUGGGAUCUGCUGUCUGGUCAGUGCCACCGGUCUCUCUCAGGGUCCUCUUUGUCUCUACAACACCACCUCUGGUCCCACCUGGGGGGUCCCACUACAGCCCCUCCCAGACCGUCACGCAGGCUACCUGUACAACAGGACUCUGUGGUCUGGAGUGUGUCUGGAGCCCAGAGGUGUGGUUCAGUGGAAUGUAGUCCUGUUCAGUGUGAUGGGGGGCGCCAGCGGCCUGCAGACUCUCUUCUGUGGAGCCAACAUCCUGAACUCACUGCUGGGCCUGGUCCUGGGUCAGGGAUUCUGCCAUAACAAGGUCAGUCCAGCUUCAGUUUGAGGGACCAUCAGGGCGGCCAUCAUGGAUCCUGAAUAACUUCACAAUAUAAAGCUAUAAAGACUUUUAUUAUGGCAGGUUACAGAAAGUAUUUCCUAGUCCAGGCUGUAAAAAUAAAAGCACUGAAGCACUUUAGAUUAAAAUAACUUGAAUAAUUAUUUAAUGUCUAAAUAUGUUUAAAUAUUAAUUAUUGUUAGUUUUUCAUAUAAAAUUCAAUUCAAUUCAAUUCAAUUUUAUUUGUAUAGCACCAAUUCAUAACAGAAGUUAUCUCAGGACACUUUUCAAAUAGAGCAGGUCUAGACCGAACUCUUUAUAACAUUAUUUACAGAGACCCAACAGUACCACCAUGAGCAAGACCUUGGAGACAAGGGCAAGGAAACACUGCCUGUUAAAAGGCAGAAACCUAGGACAGAUCCUCCGGCUCUAGGUGGGUGGUCGUCUGUCUCGACCAGUUGGGGUGAGAGAGAGAGAGAGAGAGAGAGAGAGAGAGAGAGAGAGAGAGACAGACGGACAGACAGA